CGUCACACAGGAUCAUCUUCCCAUGUCCAAAACGCAAGAAUACAGAAACAGUCUCAUUCCACUUUCAAUCUCAAACGUUUGAAUUCACCAAAACUCUUCACCCACUCCACCCUGAAAAUCGAUUCCUUCUGUGAGGUCUGUUUGGUUCUUCAGUACAAUUUCUACUUCAAAAUCCCGUCCAAUUUGAAACGUUGGAUCAGCUCCAGGAUUUUUUGCGUUCGCACCGAAGAUCAGAUUCGCAGGAGAUUCGGCGCCUUACGCCUUUAGGUGAUUUAUCAAGAUUCGCAUACUUCUGAGGUUCAAUAACAGGUUUAUUUGAUCAGAAACUUGCUACUUUUUGUUUCAAUGGUUGAUUCUACUCCGAUGAGGGCGCCCACUUCUUUUCUAAAGAACUGGAGACUUCAAUGUUGAUUAGUAUGUGAAGAAGCUAUUGCUUGUAGGAUUGCAGCUUUUUCUUCUGUGAUUUCCAAAGCAGAAUAUUGUGAUUACCAUGGGACUGCGCAGAAAACCAAACGAGACAAUGAGGCUAAUUGUGACGACUUUUGUUGGGGUUGUGUUUGGCUUUUUCUUAGGAGUAUCUUUCCCCACACUUUCAUUGACCAAGAUGAACAUACCAUCUAGCCUGUUUCCUUCCAUUGAUCUUACUUACAUUGAGGACAAGUACUCGGGCCUCUCAACACAAGCGCUCUUGAAUGUUUGGGGUUCUCUGAAGGGUAAUAGAGACACCUCGGGGCACAUUCUUAAUGGUACUAAGAUCUGGGUUCCAACAAACCCUCGAGGUGCAGAAAGACUUCCCCCAGGUAUAAUUGCAUUUGAGUCUGAUUUCUACCUCCGCAGAUUGUGGGGACUGCCCAGUGAGGACCUUGUUAUAAAGCCAAGGUAUCUUGUAACCUUUACCGUUGGUUACGACCAGAAAAACAACAUUGACGCGGCAGUAAAAAAGCUCUCAGAGAACUUUUCAAUUAUGCUGUUUCACUAUGAUGGUCGGACUAGUGAAUGGGAUGAAUUUGAGUGGUCAAAGAGGGCAAUCCAUGUCAGUGCUCGGAAGCAGACUAAAUGGUGGUAUGCCAAACGUUUUCUGCAUCCUGACAUUGUGGCACCCUAUGACUACAUUUUCAUUUGGGAUGAGGACCUUGGAGUGGAGAAUUUUGAUGCAGAGGAAUACAUAAAACUGGUGAGAAAGCAUGGACUGGAGGUUUCACAGCCUGGUUUAGAACCAAAUAGUGGCUUGACGUGGCAGAUGACAAAGAAGCGAGACGACAGUGAAGUUCAUAAAGACACAGAGGAAAGACCUGACUGGUGUGCUGAUCCGCAUUUGCCACCAUGUGCAGCUUUUGUUGAGAUCAUGGCGCCCGUGUUUUCUCGAGAUGCUUGGCGUUGUGUCUGGCACUUGAUUCAGAAUGACUUAGUCCAUGGAUGGGGCCUUGAUUUUGCUCUUAGGAAAUGUGUCGAGCCUGCUCAUGAAAAAAUUGGAGUUGUAGAUGCUCAAUGGAUUGUUCAUCAAACCGUCCCUUCACUUGGGAACCAGGGUCAGCCAGAGAAUGGUAAGGCACCAUGGGAAGGGGUGAGGGAAAGGUGUAGAAAGGAGUGGACAAUAUUUCAGGAUCGGAUGGCUGGUGCAGAGAAGGCCUAUUUUAGGGCAAUGGGAAUUGAUCCACCCAAUUCCACCACUCGUUAGGGCGGCAAAGAAUGAUUAUAUUAGAAACUUGGUUUAACUACCAGAGUCGUUUUAACGGUUUGACUAUCAUAUCGGUAGCUUCAAAAAAAAAAAACAAUACACUCUUUUUGUUUGAACUUUGUCAUUUAAAAGUCAUUUGUUAGUUUUCUUCGUAUUUCAUGUUUUAC